AUGGGUGAUGUUCCUUCAGACAAGGAUAACUCACCCCGAGGGGCAGAAGGGACUACCCUGGCAUCAGAUACGAAUGCCUCAACUCCAACUCCAGGAUCUGGUACCAGUGUCGCCACUCAGUCAACGAAACCAGCACAAGACUAUCAACAAAUGGGGCAUGGACGAUAUGGACCAGCAUCGCCUAUGAAUAUGAAUCAUAUGGCUUAUUCACUGCCGAAUCCUCAUUCGCAGCCAUCGCCAUUUGAGCCACAUCUUGUCAACCCAUAUCCUCACGUACCUACCCAAGGCAUGGUUUACCCCAUGCAAUCAGUGGGUCAUUAUCCUGGACAGGCUUCUGGUAUGCCAUAUGGAAUGUCAUAUACGCCAGCAUACUCACCCUAUCUGCCACAACAUCCAGGGACAGCGCAACAUGGUGGGGGCCAUUAUCAACCAUACCUUGCCAAUCGAGCGGUACAAAGCAUUGGCGCAGGACAACCUCAAGUUUAUGGAAACGGCUACUAUACUCACCCUUAUGCUACAGCCUUUGGACAUGCAACACCUCUGACUGGUCAAGUACAGGCGCAAGCCCAGCCCCAUCGAGCCCCGACGGGCCCGCCACUCACGAACGCGAGACCAAUGGAGGAUAGACGAGCUUCUGAUUUGAUUUAUGAUGUUUCGAAGACGAUUGUGGACGGCUCGAACCCUUCAAAGCUAAUUCAAACUACUUUAAUCGCUGACCCGGUUUCUCUUGCCAACACAAUUUCGACUCCCAGCACACCCCGAGGCCCACCACGGAAACCAAAGCAGUCAGGUCAUGCUCUUUGGGUCGGAAACCUUCCCCCUGGCACCAAUGUUAUGGAUCUUAAAGACCACUUCUCACAGGAGGCGACUAACGAUAUUGAGAGCGUGUUUCUUAUCUCUAAGAGUAAUUGCGCAUUUGUGAACUACAAAUCUGCUUCUGCCUGUGCAAUGGCACUGGGGAGAUUCCACGACUCACGAUUUCAAGGUGUUCGCCUUGUAUGUCGACUACGCAAAGGCUUGACGGUUCCUGGAUCUGGGUCUAUGGCACCGAACUCCAGACGGCCAGAGGAAAACACUGAUUUAGCUCCGACCGACGAGAUGCAACCCGCCUCUGAUGCUAAAAUCUUACCGCUUCCAGAAGAUAAUACGCGAUCAUUAGAUCGGUAUUUCAUUGUCAAAAGUCUCACGGUUGAAGACCUUGAAUUAAGCAAGCAGAGUGGAAUAUGGGCCACCCAAACACACAACGAAACCAAUCUGAACCAGGCUUUUGAGACUACGGACCAUGUAUAUCUGAUCUUCUCGGCCAACAAGUCUGGGGAGUAUUUUGGAUAUGCUCGCAUGUUAUCACCGAUUAGUGACGAUGAAGAACUUGCAUUGGAGAUGCCUACCCGACCGGAACCUCUUCCCAACAGUGUGGAGGAAUUAGAUGUGAUUCAAACAUCAGCUACGUCGACGGCCCCGAAAGGUCGGAUCAUCGAUGACUCGGCUCGGGGUACGAUCUUUUGGGAAGUUGAGUCAUUGGAAGACGAACAUGACGAUGCCCUCAGCGAGAAAAGCGAGGUACCCCCCGAGGAGGUUGACGCAGAAGGUCAAGCUUUUGGCAAACCUUUUCGUAUCCAGUGGCUCUCGACUGCACGAUUACCCUUCCAUCGUACGCGUGGACUCCGUAACCCGUGGAACGCCAAUCGUGAAGUGAAAAUUGCCCGAGACGGCACAGAAAUCGAGACGACCGUCGGCCGAAAAUUACUCCAGCUGUUCCACCAGGUCUGA